AAUAUUUAUUUUUUUUGUUAGUUAGUUAGUCAUACAAAAAAAAUGGAUGAUAAACAAAAAAUCUAUCCAAAGCUAAGCGCCGGUAGUAGUGGUGGUGGUCCCGGUGCUGGUGGUAAUCAUGAACCGACUGACCUGUCCGGCAACAACGGCCAGCGGCCAAACCAAUUGCAAUCGCCGUUUUCCGUACCCCAUGACGAGGACAUUAUAAAAUCACCGGCAAAAGGGGCGUCAAAACUCAGAAAUCCUAUCCCGGAGGUUGCAUGGAUCCGAUCGGAACCGAUGGCCCUGUGCCAGCUGGUCAUCCAACGUGAAUCGGCCUACGCGUGUGUCGACCAGUUUGGCCAGAUCGGUCGGACCGAGUUUCGCGACCUGAAUGCCACCGUCAAUGCCUUUCAGCGUACGUUUGUCAAUGAGCUGAGACGUUGCGAUGAAAUGGAGAGACAGCUCCUCUACUUUGAACGUGAGAUCCGUAAGGACAGCAUACCGGUGCUCGAGUACGAGAAUGAACCGCCGGCACUACAGGUCAAGGAGAUGUCACAAUUUGAGGCAAAGUUUGAAAAGAUUGAAACGGAACUGAUGGCUGUCAUCAACAGUGCAGCCGAUCUGAAGAAAAACUAUCUGGAGUUUACCGAACUGAGGCAUAUACUGAAAAAGACCGGCCAGUUCUUCGAGGAGGCACAGGAAGUAGAGUCCACUCGUAAAGAGAUACGUCGGGUAUCUAUUGUCGACCCGCGAAUGAUGCGCCGAUUUUCCCGACAGAUGUCCAACGCUGGUAUGAAUGCACCCGAAAUUAACAUACCGUUAGAUCCCGUUACCGAUAUCAAUUUCAUAGCGGGAACCAUUUUACGGCAAAAGUUUCAAUCGUUUCAGCAAAUGUUGUGGCGGGUGUGUCGGGGAAAUAUAUUUCUCAGACAAGUAGACAUCGAGGAACGCCUAGAGGAUCCGAAAACAGGGGAAAUGCAUACGAAAUGCAUAUUCAUUAUUGUCUUUCAGGGCGAACAGCUGAAAGGCAAGUGCAAGAAAAUAUGCGAAGGAUUUCACACAACACUCUAUCCGUGUCCGGAAAUACCGUCCGAACGGGAGGACAUGCACGCCGGUGUUGUCAACCGUAUGGACGAUCUGGAAAUUGUUAUGAAAGGUACCGACGAUCAUCGGCGCCGUAUACUGGUGGCGGUAGCCAAAAAUAUACAGGAAUGGCGGAUACAGGUGCGCAAAAUGAAGUGCAACUACGAAACGUUGAACAAGUUUUCGAUAGACAUCUCCAGUAAAUGUCUGGUAGCCGAGUGCUGGUGUCCGGAGAUAUCCAUUGGCGACGUUCAGGGUGCAUUGAUUACCGGCCAGCGGCUAUCACAAACGGCCAUACCGUCCGUAUUGCAAAAGGUGGCCACCAAAGAGACGCCGCCGACAUUCAACAUAACCAAUAGGUUUACAACCGGUUUUCAGGCCAUUGUCGAUGCCUACGGUGUCGGCAACUACGGCGAAGUCAAUCCGAUGCCCUAUACUAUCGUAACGUUUCCGUUCAUAUUUGCCGUAAUGUUUGGCGACGCCGGCCACGGCCUGAUUAUGGCCCUGUUUGCACUGUGGAUGGUCCUGAAAGAGCGGUCACUGGCCCGUAGUAAUAUCGGCGAAAUUGGUGGCAUGUUUUUCGAUGGUCGCUAUAUUAUACUAUUGAUGGGAUUGUUUUCCAUAUAUUCGGGUUUUAUAUAUAACGAUUGUUUUUCAAAAGCUAUGAACAUAUUCGGGUCACAAUAUUUUAUACCCGAUUGGGCAGCGGAAAAAUGGUGUCACGGACGGAACGAUACCCGAUGUUUUAACGAUAAAGAUAGAUCAUUGGAUCCGCAAACCGAAACCAAACCCGAUAGUCUAGCCUAUCCGUUGGGUAUGGAUCCGAUCUGGCAAUUGGCCGAAAAUCGGAUAGUAUUUCUCAAUACAUACAAAAUGAAAACAUCGGUCAUAUUGGGUGUCCUCCAGAUGCUGUUCGGUGUAUUGCUUAGUAUUAUUAAUCAUAUACACUUUAGGCGAUAUGUAAACAUAGUAUGCGAGUUCAUACCCCAAGUACUGUUCCUGAUGUGUAUAUUUGGUUACAUGAAUUUUAUGAUAUUUUUUAAAUGGUUUACAUCCAAUUCCUCUAAUUCUAACUGUGCACCCAAUGUAUUGAUAACGUUGAUCAAUAUGUUUAUGUUUAAACAACCCGAGGAUACUGAUCCAUGUUAUUUGAAAGUACCCAUGUAUAAUGGCCAAAAUUUGGUACAAACUAUACUGAUAGUGGUUGCCCUAUUGUGUGUACCCUGGAUGCUAUUUAUUAAGCCGAUUUAUUUAAGGAGCAAGCACAAUCGUCGAUUUAAAAAGGUAGUAUCUGUGCCCAAUCUGAGCAGAUCCCGUACCAGUAUCGAAAUGACCACAACUACCAAUCACGGGGGCAUUGAGUCCAACGAAAUCAAGGUUACUAUGGAACCGGCCGGUAGUUCGGGGAGUAACGGUGCCGAUGGUGAUGGCGGUGGCCAUGGAGGUCACGGUAGCGAUGAUGAUGUGUUUGAUUUUGGCGAUGCAUUCAUACAUCAGGCCAUCCAUACUAUUGAAUACUGUUUGGGCUCCAUAUCCCAUACGGCCAGCUAUUUGCGUCUAUGGGCUCUCAGUUUAGCCCACGCCGAGCUCAGUGAGGUCCUAUGGAAUAUGCUGUUUAUUAACGGUUUUAUGGAAAUUCUCGAACCUGGAUCAGUGGCCGGUUAUAUUGUGACCGGCAUAAUAAUGUGGGUCGUAUUUGCCGCUUGGGCUGUCCUAACGGUGGCCAUAUUGUUGCUGAUGGAGGGUUUGUCGGCAUUUUUGCACGCACUCCGACUUCAUUGGGUCGAAUUUCAGAGUAAAUUCUAUGACGGUUCGGGUUAUUUGUUUCAGCCCUACAGUUAUAGACAGAUUGUCCAGCAAUUGAUACAUCCAAGCGAUUGAUUAUAUWUAUGAUAUAUUAAUUAAUAAUUAA